CCCAUGGUUCAUCAUGAAAGGCAAUUUUGCGAAACGCACAGUCUGCUUGAAGCCUCUGGCUGAUAUGCUGACACCCAACGAUCAUUUGUUCCACACCAACAGUCGACACCAUGUUGACUGAUAGCAUUCGACGCGAAGAAGGCGCGAUGCGUGAACCGCAGCCAAUGCAGACACCACAGAAGUCCAAAGCGCGUUCCCUCUCCGACAGCACUCCUAAACUGGAGCCCUCACCCAAGUUUUGUGAGCCAACCAGGACAUCCAAGGAUGACCAUACCGUUGUCGCCAGCCCCAGCACUCCACGGCGCCCUGACUUCCUCUCAAGGGGCCUUUCACUGCAGAUGCCGCCGCGAGAGUCACCCAUGCCCAGUCCUGCACACAUCGCCGCGCGUGUGCCACUGUCACCGCAACUAGACGCCCGCAACACGUACGCUUCGCCGGCAUCGCUGUUGCCUCGACGUUCACGGGGUGCUGAGUUCUCGAGAGCCUGCACCAACCUCCACCACUCGACGCUGCCUGAUCAGUCAUCGCCCGACUCAUCGCCCACAAUCACGCAGAAGGGGAUCAAAAUCCCCUCGAGGAAGCCUCGUGCCAAUUCUAUGAUAAUGGACUCGCCCAACAUCAACGUGCUUGGCGCCUGGAGCAAUGGCGGUAGAACCGCUCCCUCGAGCUCAGUAGGCAGCAUCAACAUGCUGGGGUCGGAGGACUCUAGCAGUUCCUCCGACGAGAUCGACCCUAUGGACCCUGACGACACCGAUGAUCCUAUGAUCAUGACCCCGCAAGCUGCAAAGACAAACAAUGUCUUUGCUGGCGGCGCGGCCGUCAACAACAGUCCUUUUGCGAACAUGUUCUCUCCGGGCGGAGUACCCAACUUCAUGAGCAUACAGAGAGCAAGGCUGCGCAAAGGUAGAAGUCGGAAAAGCUCGAGCUCAGCAAGUGGGCAUAGUUCGCUGGCAAGCCCAGGUGGUCCUGCUUCGCCACCGAACGGUAAAGGUGAAGGGUACUUUUCGAGGGAAGCCGUCCUGCGCCGGGAGGGAUCCCGUCGAGAGAGUCUUUCACUCUUCACCAACGACCUCCACAUCUCUUCUGGCAACGACAGUGGAGACGAAGCUAGCGCAAUGCCUCAAACGCCUGGUGUCAUUCGCAGAGCUGUAACGCGGAGGGGCAAUCUCUUGCCCAAGUCAAGGCAAUUCGGUCGUAUCAAGGCCGAGCUGUUUGACGAGUCGGCACCGGUCGACAGCGAGACACGACGCGAAGCUGAGAUCAUUCGACAAGUGAGGGAAAGCGACACAGAUCUGGAGCGUCCGUCGAUGACGGCUCAGUCCUCGCCCAGUCUUCUGCCUACUGUGCCUGGCCUGGAUGGCCCACUGGAAGGCGUGCCUGAAGAAGAGAACGAAGGCAACAUGAGUCUUGAUGGCUCGACUACUAAGGGAUUGUUUGGCACAUUUGGCUCACUGAAUACUGGCCGCAUUUCUAUCGGCACUGACUUCUGGAACCAACGUCUGGCGCAGACACCCCCUCCGCCUUCAUUCCCUCGUGCGGAGUCCUCAGCAAUGAGUGAGGACAUGAACAUGGACUCUCCCAUCAUCUCAUCGAACAAUGGCAACGGCAUGCCGGCGCCUGAUCAAAGCGUCAAUCUUGGCUGGACAUCUCGAGCGUCUACACCACAAUCCAUGAAUCCUCCUAGUGCUGCAGACGGGCUGAAGAAGUCUAAUAAGCGCCGGCGCGAUGACGACUUCGAUGAGCACUCCUUGAAGCGACGUGCCGUAUCACCCGGACUGAGUGUGCACAACAGCCCUGUGAUCUCGCAGUCCCCAAACCAGCGUGAUGGUAGUCUUUGGGGCACAACGACAAAAGCGAGUCGAGAGACAUCGAUUAGUGGACAGUCGAAUGGCGAGCGAUCAAACAGUGGAGGUAGCAUGAGCAUGACACCUACGUUAGGCCCCAAGCGCGUCGGCUUACAGGGCAUGACGGACACCAGCGAUGGCCUUAUGAAGAUGAGCAUCGAGUAGACCGGUGUUGCACGACCUUACAACUUCUUGUAGACAUAUUUCUUGCAGGCAUCAUGGCUCAGCGCGGCGUUCAGGAUGGGACAUCGAUAUUGCACUUUGGAGGCUUAUUGCGCUUUGGAGGCUUUCGAAGUAGCAAACUCAUUACUUGAUAUAUAUACCCUUGAUUAUUCGAUCAACAACCAACAAGCAGC